GGGAGGGGAAGGGAGAGACGGCGGGUCCCGUCAGUCAGGCAACGGGAGCCGCCGGGAGCGGAUGGCGGCGGCGGUGGCGGCUCCUCUCGCCGCCGGGGGUGAAGAGGCAGCAGCCACGAUCUCCGUACCAGGGUCUCCGGGUCUGCCCGGGAGCCGUAGUGCAGAGCGAGCCCUAGAGGAGGCCGUAGCCACCGGGACCCUAAACUUGUCUAACCGACGCUUGAAGCACUUCCCCCGGGGCGCGGCCCGUAGCUAUGACCUGUCAGACAUCACUCAGGCAGACCUGUCCCGGAACCGGUUUCCCGAGGUACCCGAGGCAGCAUGCCAGCUGGUGUCCCUGGAAGGCCUGAGCCUCUACCACAACUGCCUGAGAUGCCUGAACCCCGCCUUGGGAAACCUCACAGCCCUCACCUACCUCAACCUCAGCCGGAACCAGCUGUCAUCCUUGCCACCCUACAUCUGCCAGCUUCCCCUGCGAGUGCUCAUUGUCAGCAACAACAAGCUGGGAGCCCUACCUCCCGACAUCGGCACCUUGGGAAGCCUGCGGCAGCUUGAUGUGAGCAGCAAUGAGCUACAGAUCCUCCCCGCCGAGCUGUGCAGCCUCCGUUCCCUGCGCGAUCUCAAUGUUCGCAGGAACCAGCUUAGUACUCUGCCUGAUGAGCUGGGGGACCUUCCUCUGGUCCGCCUGGAUUUCUCCUGUAACCGUGUCUCCCGCAUUCCGGUCUCCUUCUGCCGCCUCAGGCACCUGCAGGUCAUUCUGCUGGACAGCAACCCUCUGCAGAGCCCACCUGCCCAGAUCUGCCUGAAGGGGAAACUUCACAUCUUCAAGUACCUGUCCACAGAGGCAGGGCGUCGUGGGGGGGCUGCUCUAGGGGACCUGGUCCCUUCCCAUCCCCCAAGUUUCAGUCCCUGUCCUGCUGAGGAUUUAUUUCCGGGACGUCGAUAUGAUGGUGGGCUGGACUCAGGCUUCCACAGCGUUGACAGUGGCAGCAAGAGGUGGUCUGGAAAUGAGUCAACAGAUGAAUUCUCAGAGCUGUCCUUCCGGAUCUCCGAGCUGGCCCGGGAGUCUCGAGGCCCCAGAGAACGGAAAGAGGAUGGUUCUGCGGAUGGGGACCCAGACCAGAUUGACUUCAUUGACAGCCAUGUUCCUGGGGAGGAAGAUCGUGGUACUGCUGAGGAGCAGCAGACACCUGAAUUAAGCCCUGUGCCAGGGGAUGGGGAGAGGGCAUUAAGCAGCAGGCGAGAGGAGCCUGCCGGGGAGGAGCGGAGGCGCCCAGACUCCUUGCAGUUGUGGCAGGAACGGGAGCGGCGGCAACAGCAGCAGAGUGGGGGCUGGGGAGCCCCCAGGAAGGACAGUUUCCUGAAGCUGGGGCUCCGGGCUGCCGGGGGAGGCACCGCCCCACUCGUGUCCACCCAGGCUGCCUACAAUGGCCCCCCCAAACCCAGCACUACCCAGCUGGGAGCAUCUGGGGGACAGGGAGCUCCUGUACCUGCUCCUCUCACCCCAGAGCCUGUUUCCAUAGCUGGACCAGGGAUAGCACCUGCUCCCCGGCCACUCAGCUCCAUUCAGAGACCAAACAGCUUCCUCUUCCGGUCGUCCUCUCAGAGUGGCCCAGGCCUGUCCUCACCAGACUCUGCCGUGAGACUUCGGCCGUCGCCCCGAGAUAUGGACCAGAAAGAAUUAAUGUCCCAACUACGCCAGGUUCUUGAGUCACGGCUGCAACAGCCCCUACCCGAGGACCUCACCGAGGCUCUGGCCAAUGGGGUCAUCCUCUGUCAGCUGGCCAACCAGCUGCGGCCCCGCUCUGUGCCCUUCAUUCAUGUGCCCUCACCUGCUGUGCCAAAGCUCAGUGCCUUCAAGUCUCAGAAGAAUGUGGAGAAUUUCUUAGAAGCCUGUCGAAAAAUGGGGGUGCCUGAGGCUGACCUCUGCUCGCCCUCGGAUCUCCUCCAGGGCACUGUCCAGGGCCUACAGACCACACUGGAGGCUGCACUGAGGGUGGGGAGCAAGGCCCCUCCGCCUGUCUGGCCCCCCUCUGGUCUGGGCGGCUUCAUCUUCUUCUACAUGGCCUUCAUGCUGCUGCUCUAUGUUGUCUACACUCGGCUUCUGGGUUCCUAGGACUGAAGUCACCUCUCCUCUCCCCCUCUUCUAUUUAUGACUCCUACCAACCCUGUCCCCACCGGUGGUGCCUUCAGACCCUACCAAAGACACUAGUGUCCCCGCUCACGAACACUGACCUCAGAGCCCUCUCCUCUGGUGUGCCCAGACCUUGGGCAGAAUCUCUGGCCUCCCUCCUGUAGCCCCUCCCGGUCUCUGCUGAUGGUGCCUUCAUGGCCACUCCCACCCCGCCUACUCUGCCCCCCAGGGGCGCUGGAAUCUUUCCCUCUCCCCCCACUUGCUGCUAUGGGGGGCUAAAUUAUCUGUUUUGUAGAGAGAAUUCUAUAUUUGUAGAUGAUGCAGUGGGGCCCAAGCUGGGUCCCUAGCUGUGUAUAAACUGUACAGACUA